AUGGCUUGUCCCAUCACAGUCGCGAAGUUCGUCGGAACGAUUUCCCUCGGCCUGUUGACCGGUCUAUCAUACUCCGUUUCAACCGUUACAAUCCCCGCUCUCCAGCUUCUCCCUAGCGCGAACACCGCCGCCGAGACACUCAAUGACAUCCAACUCCGUACCCGCAGACGGGUGCUCACUCUUUCGAACCUUGCCGCUAUCUCUCUCAUUUCAGCCUUCACACUCUCAUCUCCCCGCAGAAAACAUCCGUAUCUCAUCUGGACCAGCCUUUUCGCUCUGAUCGGAGGCACGGGUCUCGAAUUCUGGUACAAUCGCAAGGCCAUGUCCUGGGGCUGUCCCCUCCCAAGGUCGUUGUGCCGUAGCCCGUCCUCCGCCUCCGCAUCCGGACCGUGUCCCCUUAGCUUCUGCUCCUGGAUCACAACCCAUCUCGGCUGUCGCAGGACCCAGGUGCGGAAUGAUCGAAGACGCGAAGAGGAAGAGUCGAACGGCAACGUAAGUGAGAUCGAGAUCGUGGAGGAAUCUGACGCCCUGCCCACGCCUGCCACAACCACCAGGGAGCAGUCCACAACUCCGGUCGAGCAGGCAGAGAUGAAUGGCGAGAGUGUGAAAGAAAGUAUGGAGCGGGAGCGAAAUAUCCAAAGGAUCAGAUCUUGGAUCGUCGGAGUGGCUUUCUCUAUGGGCGUUGUGGGUAUCUGGGGAGACAGCGCUUAAGGAUGUCGAUAUCGCGUUUCAUCCACUGACGCCGGGCUACCACCAACCCACUGUAUCUCUCACCUGGAUCCGAGUGAAUCAGCUGAUCACUCGAUUUCUCGAGGCCUUUUCUUCUUUUUUAUGAGAAAAACUCUUACCAUUGAUUUGCAUAUAUAUUUCGAGAGGCGAAGGCUAGGUGGUUGGAUGAUAGGCGUAUUUUGCUUGUUCCCGAAUCGUCUACACUUCAUCUCCUUCUCUACUCUUUUCUUUUCCAUUUAUGGGAUCAUCCAUCUUUCGCUUGAUAUGCAACAGGAGGAACCAGAUGGUCGCAGAUAGUUAGAAAGAUCGAAUGUAACUUUAGGAGCUAACCGGAUAAAAGGCGACGGGCCGGUAUUCUACG